UCACCUUCUUUCACUCUGAUACAACCUUAAUUUCAGUCAUUCAAAGACAGCCCUGCCCACUUGACUUCACAUGUCUCCCUCUUCUUUUUUCUGCUGUUGAGAAAAUAUUCUCCAAUCCAACAAGCAAAGCAGCUUUAACUCUUAUUUUUUCUUUUAGAUCAUUCUCUACCACUUUUCUUCUUUUUCUUUCUCUAUCGUUUUGUUUUCUGCGUUUUUUGUGCUGUUGCUCAUGAUGGGUUUCUCCGAAGGAAUCUGCACUGACAGAGGGAAUCCUUCCAAUGCUCCAGAUACUUCUCCACACGUUUCCUCUUCUGCAGUUACAGAAGACUUAUUUGACUACAAGAGGCUCAAAUUCCGAAACUUUUUGAGAAAAAUGAUAUGGGAGAUUGCUUUUGCAUGUGUUCCUGUUCCUUAUCGUGACAAAAACGACGGCGACGGCUUCAAAAAGACAACUUUGGAGCACAACGAGGCGUGGUUGCUGGCAGAGUCUGGUGGGUGUGAAGCAGAAUUGGCAAGUGCUGACCCGCAAUCGGUUCACUCAUCUUUCAGGUUCAGCUUCCGUUCUCAGGUUGAGGAUGAAUCCUUCAACAUGUGUUCUUCUUCUUCUGCUGCUGCUGCAACCGUUUUGAUGGUGAAUUUGGAAUAUGUAUCUCGAGCAAGGGAGAUGAAAUGGAGGAGAAUGGAGUCAUUGGAGAAAAGCAUAUCCCCAGUGGUCAACACUUUGACCAGGUUCAACUAUAAUGAAAUUCUAUCUGCCACACGCAAUUUCUCCAAAGGAAGAGUAUUGGGGAGAGGGGCCUUGAGCUGUGUUUUUAGGGGAAGAGUUGGACUUUUGAGGACUGCUGUUGCAAUUAAACGGUUGGACAAGGAAGACAAGGAGUGUACCAAGACUUUUUGUAGAGAAUUGAUGAUUGCCAGUUCUCUUCAUAACGCAAACAUUGUUCCCCUUGUGGGUUUUUGUAUUGACUCAGAGGAGGGUUUGUUUUUGGUGUAUAAAUAUGUAUCAGGGGGCAGCUUAGAGCAUCACUUGCAUGAGAAGAAGAAGAGUGGGAAGCGUAGUUCACCACUUUCAUGGUCUUUGAGGUAUAAAAUAGCAAUUGGGAUUGCAGAAGCCGUGGCUUAUCUGCACAAUGGAACAGAAAGAUGUGUUGUUCACAGAGAUAUUAAGCCUUCAAACAUUUUGCUUUCCUCUAGGAAGAAUCCCAAGAUAUGUGAUUUUGGAUUAGCUACAUGGACUUCCGCACCUUCAGUUCCUUUCCUUUGCAAAACUGUCAAAGGAACAUUUGGUUAUUUGGCUCCUGAGUAUUUCCAACAUGGGAAAGUAUCAGAUAAGACUGAUGUUUAUGCUUUUGGAAUUGUUUUAUUGGAACUCAUAACUGGCCGGAAGCCAAUUGAAGCUAGAAGAUCUUCGGGAGAGGAGAACUUGAUCUUAUGGGCUAAACCUUUGCUAAAGAAAGGGAAUGGAGCCAUUGAAGAGUUGCUUGAUCCUCAACUCAAGUACAGUUCCAGAUUCUCAAAUCAAAUGGCUCGGAUGGUUGAAGCAGCAGCUGCCUGUGUUACAAGUGAAGAAUAUAGGAGACCAGGCAUACAUGAGAUUCUUGCGAUACUGAAAGGUGAAGAAAAGCCUGUUUUCUCUAGAACAAGGAAGUCUGGUCAUUUUGGGAAUGGAUGCGUGUUUGAUUGUAACCCUCAAUUCCAACAAACAAAUAAUGAGAUGAAAAGUCACUUGGCUUUGGCAAUGGUAGGAGUUCCAGGGUAUGAGGAUGAUGAUCAUCUUUAUGAUCGUUAACACAUAUUUUUGCCAUGAUUCUCACUAAUAGUGAUAGGGAUUAGAUAUGAACGUUCUGACGUUGUUUAUAGAAAUAGGAGCUCAGAAGAAGAUUGCUUGUUUAUACAUCUUCCAUUUACCUUCCCCUUUUCUCAAAGGGUAAAGUGUAAUAGAUUUUCAUUCAUUCUUUAUGGUUAA